ACUAACCUUGCGAUCCUCGAUGCCGUUACAGCCUCAGCUGUCCGCCAGCGAUGUCAGUGUUAGCGCUCGCGGCUCCUCGCAUCGAGGCGCCGCAUCACCAUCAUCAUAGCCACACCUACGCUCCGGAUCCACAACACGACAACACUGCUUCCCCUUCAGCCCGUCCGGCUCAGCCUUGUUCAUCCUCGUCGUCCCAUCGCCGCGCCAACUUUCCCUGCACUCAUCCCCACUGUCACAGAUCCUUCACUCGUCUGGCCAAGCUCGAAGCACACAUCUGUACUCACACAGGUGAACGACCGUUCCCUUGCUCCCAUCCCGGCUGCUCCUCGGCCUUCACAUCUGCCUGGAAGCUUCAAGAGCAUGCAUUGACGCACCUCGCGCCAGAGGAACGCGAGGUAUCCAAGCGCUUUCCCUGCGACCUCUGCGGCAAACGCUUCCGCUCCAGUCAACACUUGGCCCGUCAUAAGGAAGGAGUUCACGACGAGUCUUCUCCAGUGGCAUCAUCAUCCACCCUCCCUCAGCCUCCAGAGAAGCCAACCUACCCGUGCUCAGAACCUGGCUGCAGCGCCACCUUCGCCAAGCGUAAGCAUCUCCGGCAACACAUCUGGGAGGAGCACGCUGCUCCUGGGCAAGAUAGUAAGCUGCCAUUUCCCUGCUCACACCCUGGGUGUACGAAGCGUUUCCCCACCAACUCGAAGCGCAACUCACAUUUCAAGAGCGUGCAUUCUGAUCGGACGUACACCUGCAGCCUGCCACACGGGCAAGACGAGCAUGGCGAGCAGAAGGUCUUUGGGACUUGGUCGGCAUUGCAAAGGCAUAUGAAGGAAGAGCAUCCACCAACGUGCCCUUAUGCUAUUUGCGGGGGAAAGACGUUUAAAAGGCCAGAGAAUCUGAGGGCGCAUCUAAAGAGACACAAGCAGAAGGAGGCCGCGCUGCGGGAGGCGGCCGCUGACGAUGAUGACGAAGAGAAUGAGAGCGACUGCGGUCUCUCUGACAAAGAAGAGCUCGACCUCCGUUCACUGCCUCGAGAGUACGUCUGCAAUUGGCAGCCACCCGACGCGACCUCAUCGCCGAUGACACCAUGCACCAAACGCUUCAAAUCCAACCAUGCGCGGGAUACGCACAUCCGAGUCGCCCACCUCAAGCUGCGUCCCUUUGCUUGCGCGUGCGGCAAGACGUACGGGCACAAGCAUUUGCUCAAGAGACAUCAGACCAAGUGCAAGGUGGCGGCCAGCGAUCGGGAAGACUCUGCCGCCAAUACGAGCGGUGAUGCCGGUAGUCUGCCAAUCCACAGCUCGCCUUCGCCUCCUUCGGAGCUGGACUCGGACGAGGAAGACGAAAUCUAUCGACGAGGCGGCGGGGCUUUACCUGAUCAGUUGCGAGAUGAGGCAGCCAGGCUCAAGACGAGCAAGAGGAAGAGGAAGAGCGAUGCUGGCUCGAGCCAACCCAGUGGGCCUUCGAUGGUCGACCUUCUUACUGGCAGGGGUUACGUACAGGCGGGAAGCGCACCAGCAGACGAUGACGAUGGCGGAGCCGGUACCAAGCGACGCCGUCGAAUGCGGGGUCGCGUAGUUGCUUGUCCCUACUCCAAGCUACAUCGCUUCACCUCUACUCAGCCAUCUCGAUGCGACGUCCACUUCUCGCGUCUCUACGACAUGCGGCGUCACCUCAAAUCUGCUCACGGCCUAGAAUUCGAGGACGAUACUGAGCUGCGCGCCCUGCUGGAUGACGAGGAUCUAGACAAGUUGGCGAAGCCGCGGAGGUGUAGCGAAGGGACCGGCGAGGAGUGAUUCUCUCGAUUAGAUAUACCGCGUCCCAGACCUCGAAUGAAUAUACCGUAUCCUGACGAU